AUGGACUUUGAGAAGAACCUGCACCAAAGCGACAUCGUCACGUCGGCCUCGGGCGUCAUAGCCCUGCUGAACGAGGAGGAAGCGAGUUUGAAGAUCUUCGGGUUGGAAAAACUGAACGCCAUUGUGGAUGUAUAUUGGCCGGAGUUAGCAGAUUACAUUUUUAAAAUAGAGGAACUAUGUGAGGACCCGACUUUCGUAGGAAGAGAGCUAGCCAAUUUGGUGGCCAGUAAAGUUUAUUUCCAUUUGGAAAAGUACCCUGAGGCGUUGAAGUACGCACUGUGUGCAGGCAAGCUGUUUAACAUAAAUGAGAAAUCCCAGUACGUCGAGACGAUGCUGGCCAAAUGUAUAGAGAAGUACGUGGAGAUUCGGGAGAGGGACUAUGAGGGUCAGGCCAUGAGCAGCGGUGGUAGCAGACGAAGCGGCAACCAGCACAGCGCUGUUCACCCGGGGGAUGCGAGCAAUGCGGACAGCAAUGAGGGCAGCAAUGGGGACAGCAAUGGGGACAGCAAUGCGGCCAACAAAGCCAUCAGCGAGGCGAACCACGUAGGGCCGGACAACACGUACAACAGAAGCAACUUCAAUCUGUACAACAACCACGAAAGCAGCAGCGGGAAAGUGAAGGUCGAUGCAGACAUCUUUAAGGAAGACCUGAGUGACGAAAUUCACCAGAAGAUGGAACUCUUUGUUGACGAAAUGUUAGAAAUUUGCAUGCAGAAUAAUAGCGUGAAGGAAGCUUUAGGGGUAGCGCUAGACGCUAGGAGACUAGACAAGGUAGAAUAUAUAAUUCUAAACUGCCCAAAUAAAAUAGAAUUAUUACAACACUCUAUUGCAAAUGAAAGGCAUAUUAAUACGACGAAAAAAUUUAGAAGUGAUUUCUUCAAACUGCUAGUCAAAAUAUAUCUCUCUAUGGACCCAGAAGAAUUAAAAAGUGAGUAUAUAAAUCUGUGCGAGUGUUUGUUUUAUAUUAAUGAUUAUAAAAAAGUUGCUGAGAUUUUACUAAACUUGAUUAACAGCUACCAUCUGAUGGCUUACCAGAUCUCCUUCGAACUUGUAGAUUUGGAAAAUAGGAACUUUCUAAAAAAUAUUUUAAAACAUAUUAAAGAAAUUUUGAUACAGAACAAGUCGUUUUACUAUGGGGAGCAGAGCUACUCUGGGGAAUCGAAGAAGCGGUCGAACCUCCAUUUGGGGGGCGACUCUCCGGCGGAUGAUGCUAAGGGUGAGGAGGUUCCCAGCGCAGCUCCGCAGCAGGAGGGUAGUGCGAACGGGGUGGAUGCGGCAAAUGGAGUGGAUGUGAUCAUUGGGGAUAACGCGGCCAACGGAGUGGAUGCGGCCAACGAGGUAGAUGCGUCCAACGGGGUGGAUGCUUCCAACGGGGUGGAUGCUUCCAACGGGGUAGAUACUGCCAACAACGCUGCAAACCGGAACGGAAUCACCAACAAUAGCAGCGGCGUCAACAGCGGUAGCGGCGUCAACAGCGGUAGCGGCGUCAACAGCGGUAGCGGCGUUAACAACAGUAGCGGCGUCAACAGCGGUAGCGGCGUCAACAGCGGUAGCGGCGUCAACAGCAGUGGCGGCGGGGAGAAGCAGAGGCUCUCUGACGACAUCCUCAUGUACAUAAGCGAGAACCACAAGCUGUACGAAAAGGUGAAGAAGCUGGUGUUCAUUCUGACGGGCAAGGUGACCAUCAGUCUGUACAUGGAGUUCCUGCACAGAAAUAACCACGCCGAUUUGAUUCUGCUAGACAGCUACAAAAAUGUAGUCGACUCGAGAAGCAGCAUCACCCACCAUGGGAUAGUAAUAGCACAUGGGUUGAUGCAGACAGGCACAACGUGUGACGUCUUCUUGCGCUCCAACAUUGAGUGGCUGUCCAAGGCGAUCAAUUGGGCGAAGUUCUCCUCCACUGCAUCACUGGGUGUGGUUUACAAAGGACACGUAAACGAAUCAUUUAUCGUGCUGUCAUCACAUCUGCCGUACAAUGACGUGUCCAGGCAAAUAACAAAUAACCUAAACGUUGGCAUCUCCCCCAGUGGAGUGUACUCUGAGGGGGGGUCCCUCUACGCCCUUGGGUUGAUACAUGCGAAUUACAAUACAAAUGAUAAGAAAGUGAAAAACUUUUUACUAGCCCAGUUAAAAUUAAAUGUAAAUGAUGAGGUGCUACAACAUGGUUGCUGCCUAGGGUUAGGGUUAGUCUGUUUAGGGGAAAAUGAUGACGAUCAGGUGUAUGAUGAGUUAAAAGGGGUGAUGUAUUCAGAUUCAGCAGUGGCAGGAGAAAGUGCAGCCUAUGCAAUUGGAUUGCUAAAGCUUGGAAGUGGUGACGAGAAAUGCGUAGACGAAUUGCUAGCCUAUGCACAUGAUACGCAGCAUGAAAAAAUAACUCGGGCAUGUAGCAUCAGUCUAGGAUUUGUCAUGUUCCAAAAGGAAAAAGAGGCUGAUGUGCUGAUUGAAGAAUUAAUUAACGAUAAGGAUGCCAUCAUAAGAUACGGAGGGAUGUUCACCAUUGCUAUGGCGUACUGUGGUUUAUCUAGCUACAAUAAGCAUAUAAUAAAAAGGCUCCUACACUUUUCCGUUUCCGACGUAAGUGACGAUGUUAGGAGGGCAGCCGUUAUAGCCUUAGGCUUUGUAUUGUGUAAUAGCCCUUCUCAAGUGCCUAUGUUUUUAAACCUCCUAAUUGAAAGCUACAAUCCACAUGUGCGCUACGGAGCCGCACUAGCCCUAGGAAUCGCCUGCGCUGCAUCAGGAAAUGAAGAAGCCAUCAACAUGCUCAUGCCGUUGCUAACAGAUACAACUGAUUUUGUUAGGCAAAGUGCAUUCAUAUCGUUAGGGUUAAUUUUCCAACAAUCAAAUGAACAUGUUAAUCCGAAUUUUAAAAAAUAUAAAGACGAAAUUAUGCGCAUUUUAUCGGAUAAACAUGAAGACAUUAUUGCCAAAUUUGGUGCCAUUGUAGGUGCUGGUCUGUUAGACAUCUGUGGAAGGAAUGCCAUUUCGACCUUCUUCACCAGGAGAGCCAAUAUCAUUAGACCCCAAGCAGCUGUUGGAUUUUGCCUUUUCAGCCAACUGUGGUAUUGGUUUCCACUCAUCCAUAUGAUCAGCUUGACCUUCCUUCCUACUUGCUUAAUUGGGUUAACUGAAGAUUUGAAGGUGCCCAAGAAUUUCUCCGUGCUUUCCACGUGCAAGAAUCAGACCUUUGAUUACCCCUCCUUUUUAAGCAAAGAAAAAACGCAAGAGAAGAAGGAAACCGUCACGGCUGUUCUCUCCACCACUGCCAAACGAAAAACGCUAAAAUUGAAGAAGCAAAAAAGUGAGAGCAAAUUGGCCAAGGAGAAAACUGCCCAGGAUGACAACAGCUCCGUUUUAUCCGAUGGGAAGUCCAUGAAGAACUUGGAGAUCCUCAGCACGGCCGCUACCGUGGGGCAGUCCAGCCACGUCUCCCACGCCGAGAGCGUCGAGGGCAGUGCCAAUGACGAGGCCGCCAAUGAGCAGGCCAACGAUACUAGCAACUUUGCCAACUUGCAGAAAAUGAAGAAGCCCGACGCGAAGGGGAAGGUCUCGACAGUGCAGUCGAUCAACAACACGGUCGACAUGAAAAACCCCUGCAGAGUAAUCAAAAUGCAGGAAAAGUUCAUCGAAUACCAGGCCAACAGCAGAUUUAAGCCCAUCCUUCCCUCGCGAAAAUCCGGUUUCAUCAUGCUUGUGGACACGGCCCCCUCGGAGCCAUCCGACUUCAUCGAAAUAAACCUCGAGAACAGCGCGAAGAAGGAGGCCCCCCCCUUCGAGCCCUUCGCGUGGAAGGAAGAAAAUUGAUUACACGGCGCGGCACAGUGGUGCGGCACACUGGCACACCGACGCACUGACGCAUUUCCACUGGGGGGAAUUAGACUGGGGGCCCUUCCAAUUGGACGACCCCUCCACACGGCGUAAUUUAACACAGCUUAGUUUGGCGCGGCGCC